AUGUCGACAACUGCUCGAUCAGUGCAGCUCACCCAGCGCGAGCAGCAGCUCCGCCUCCUGCUCGUCAACGUCGCCCAGUUCAUCGAUUCGACGGCCAAGCUCAAUCAGCCGGUCGUCCUGCGAUGGGCGGGAGGCUGGGUGCGCGACAGGCUGCUCGGCAUCGAGAGCCACGACAUCGACGUCGCCAUCAAUGCCAUGACCGGGCAGCAGUUUGCGCAGCAUCUCUCAGAGUACUGCAAGCGGCCCGAAGCCGUCGAGACGCACGGCUUCCUGCCCGGAGACGUCGGGAGGCUUCACCACAUUGCGAGCAACCCGGACAAGUCCAAGCACCUCGAGACCGCCAUGGUCAAGCUGUUUGGCAUGGACCUGGACUUUGUCAACCUGCGCAAGGAGACGUACGCCGAGGAUAGUCGCAACCCGCAGAUGGAGUUUGGCACGCCGGAGGAAGAUGCGCUUCGGCGCGAUGCCACCAUCAACGCCCUGUUUUAUAACCUGCACACGGAGGAGGUGGAGGAUUUCACUGGCGGCAUUCGAGACUUGGAUGCCAAAGUUAUACGGACUCCCAUGGAGCCUUUCCAGACAUUCAUGGAUGACCCCCUGAGAGUACUUCGCCUAAUUCGGUUCGCUUCUCGGUUGGGUUUUGCCAUAGAUGCGGAAUCAGAAAAGUUCAUGAACGACGAGAGAGUCCUGGAAGCACUACGGAAGAAGAUUAGCCGCGAAAGAGUUGGCGUCGAGCUGGAAAAGAUGCUGAAAGUGGCUCUGGAACUACUGGAUCGCCUCGGCCUCUACCAGGCCAUUUUCAGCGACCCGCUGCAGGAAAACGUAGAGAUGCCUGACAUAACCCGAUGGCACGUUGCGUACACCUGCCUCGACGAGCUGCUGCGGAAUCAAGAACCGGGGUCGAUAGGCCAGGUCCUCAUCGAUGACGCCGACAGCACGUAUCUGGCAUGGAAUCUCGCCGCCGUCAGCCCCUGGAUCCCCGUGGAGGAUCGCUCUGGGCGCAAGCAAAAGGCGAAUGCCCUCCCUCCUGUCGGCGUCAUUGCUCGCGAAGGCUUCAAGGCUUCCAACAAGCUCACCACCGUCAUGGCGGCCUGCCACAAGCAUCGCGCGGAGAUUCUUGCACUGAAAAAUGCAGUGUGCGAUUCUGCGCCGACGAUACACGAGCGGGACACGGUCGGCAUGGCCAUCAGGAAGUGGGACGCAGGCAGUGGACACUGGAAGCUGCAGGUAUUGGGGGUGAUUCUGGUGGAUGCCAUGGAGCAGCUUGACAAGUUUCCCGCAGAGGAUCGCGACGAGUUUCUCCAGGGGUGGGACAAGUUCCUCAAGCAUCUGGCUGAGCUGGACGUCUACGACGCUCCGAAUCUCAAGCGCCUCAUUGACGGCCGCGCUCUGGCCAAGGCCCUAGGCAUCCCACCUGGCACUUGGAUGGGCAAAGCUUUGGAGAUAUGCACGGCUUGGCAGCUGAGAAAUCCAGGUGAAACAGAUCCCGAGGGGGCUAUACAGGCAGUAAGAGACAAGGCCGACGAACUCGGCAUACGCCCAACAACAUGA